AUGCUACGUGCUGCAGUUGCGAGAGCGGUGCAGCUAAUAUCAACGACAUCAGGCCCACAGCCUCUACGAAACAUUGAGCCGAAGUUCACGAAGCUAUUCAUUAAUAAUGAAUGGCAAGAUUCAUCGUCUAGUAGUACAAUAGGAUCAUUCAAUCCAGCCAAUGGUAGACUGAUUACUGAAGUCGAAGAAGCCGACUGGAAGGACGUCGACAAGGCGGUUCAGGUUGGUCAGUGGUCUCAAAUUUUGGUAGAUGUCUCAAGUGGGCCAGUGGAAUUCUCGAAACAAUUGCGUAUUGCGUCCGUCUGCACCUUGACUGUCACACGGUGGUGA